AUGUCACAAAAACAUCUGAAAGAAGCCUUUAUCAGCAACUUAAAUGGAACUAGUUUGUUGGAAAUCUCUGCAGGCUUGUCUCUAGGUCCGCUCUGCCUGCUUUGCAGAGGGCUCCUCUUGAUUCUGUAUUAUCUGCGCUAUGGGAAACCCUUAAGUUCAAGGAAAUACAACCUGCUGCUGGACUUCCUCGUGCUAGUAUCUCCUCUCCUCUUCUCCUGUACGGUCUUGUCUCCAGUCAUCCUGUUCGUGCCAGCGAUCGUUGCAGCCUUCUGCGCCGGAAUAUUUUCUAAAAUAUACAGCCAAAGGAAACAUGAGACCCGAGUGCCUUUUAGGCAAAUUGUAAAAGACUUCCAGACGACAGCCUUGGAUCCAGGAUACAUUCCAGCAAUAACUGUGUUUCGUGUUUAUGUCAACGUGUUGACAUCCAUCUGCAUUUUAGCAGUGGAUUUCCCGCAGUAUCCCAGGCGAUACGCCAAAGCCGAGACCUAUGGAACAGGUGUUAUGGAUUUUGGGGUUGGAGCUUAUAUAUGUGGUAAUGCUCUCGUUUGUCCUGAAGUCAGACAGAAGUCUUACGCGACACAACCAAAAUUUUCCACUCUGCCCAGGCAGCUCUUUUCCGUCUGGCCGUUGAUUUUUCUCGGUGUUGGACGACUGCUUAGCAUUAAAUCUAUAGAUUACCACGAACACAUUUCAGAGUAUGGAGUGCACUGGAAUUUUUUCUUUACUUUAGCAUUUGUGAGGCUUGCAGCAUCUCUACUUUUAGCCAUUUUUCCCAAAAAUAAAUCUUGGCUCGUUGCUGUAAAUCUCGCUGUACUUUAUCAGCUUAUUCUCAACACAACCUCUCUGAAGAUGUUUAUCCUGCACGGGAGCAACGGCAGAGAUACUAGGAUUGGCUUUUUAAAUGCCAACAGGGAAGGCUUGCUCUCUCUUUUUGGCUACUUAGCCAUAUAUAUGGCGAGCGUCCAAGUGGGACUGUGGCUGCUGAAGUGCAGAAGCUCAGUCAGAGGCUGGAUCGAAGCCGUGCGCUCCUUACUGCUCACGGUUCUCGUGCUUUUCCUGCUUCUUCAGGUGUCGCAAGCGUACGUGGACCCGGUGUCCCGCCGGAUGGCUAACCUGUCCUACUGCCUCUGGGUGGUUGCUCACUGCCUGACUUUCUUCAUCUUCUUUGUGGUGACUGAUCUCACGUUGGUGUUCGCAAAGCUUCUGGUGAAGGGGUCCAGCGUGCCCUGUUGCUGGAAUGUCGUCAAGCCCCCUGGGACCAGUAGAAACCACGAGACGGGGGCCGUGCCGAUGGGGAGGGAAGGCAAGCUGGCGCACGCUUGCCUGAUCAGCGCUAUUAAUAAAAAUCAAUUGCUAUUUUUCUUGCUAGCAAACUUUAUGACUGGUGCUGUGAAUAUACUGAUAGACACAAUCCACAGCGAGACUGUAUUUACAUUAUGUAUACUUCACUUGUAUAUGUUUUUCAACUGUUUAAUUAUGCAUAUGUUGCAUGCCAGAAAUAUAGUAUUAAAGUUUUGGUGA